GCCGACUUCUAGAUGAGAAUUGCCCGGGUUCUCCUUUUUUUUUUAUUUGGAAGACUCUUUCAGUGUUCAGACACAGCCCGUCUACGGUUCCUCACACCUCUUCAAAAGCAGUUACUAGUGAUUUGGUUGAGGUAGCGCUAUGCAGCCAGAGAGAGAGAAGAGCAGAUCUCGAUCCAGGAAGCCCGACAUGGCCCUAUAUGUUCCCAAAGCCAGACGAGGUGCAGCACCCCAAAAUUCAGGUGACACAGAGGGAAGCGGUUGUCACCCCAAGCCUAUGACACCAAAAGGCCAUGAAGAAAGUCACCUCCCGAAGGGGGAGGUCUUCAGAGACAUCUCUGACCAUCAAAGACCUGACCCUAAUCCUGGCACCCUUGGUCACACAGCCGGGGAGGGAAAGAAACCCAAUGCGAAACCUAGGAGACAGACACUCUUGUCGGACAGAAACAGGGAAAGGGUCAGGAUUCAGAAGAAAGCCAUAAAGCCCAAAGAAGCAUUGACCAAAGAAGUACAGCAGAGACACCUGAAUCCUGAUAUUGUUUGUAAUGCACUUGUUCAAAGCAGCUUCAAACCAAAGCAGGAGGAGUACACGGAGGCAGAAACCAGUGAAAUGGCAGGGCAGCAGCUACUACUUUUAUCCCAACCUGAAUGUGACCCCUGUGAGACUCCCAGUGAAUCAUUCUGGACGCUUGGUAAGCCAGAGUUAAAUGGGAUGAAUCCCAAAGACCAAGAUUUGAGCAGUAUUAGGCCUGAUUCCAAACAAUCAGAGAAAGCGCGUGGCACUCAGCCUCCAGUUGAGCCUGGAGGCUUCAAUUGUGUGGCAAAGCCUGAGCAUGUGAUUGUGCCUCCGCAGUUAUCCUCCAUCCCUGGAAUUACGCAGGAAAGCCCUUUCAGGCCACUGGAAUUUGCCGAUGGCAUGUUACAGACUGUUGGCGGACAUCCCGAUAGGGUAGUGGAUGUUCAGGAGACGGCUGAUGACAUCACCCAGCCAUACGCCAGCAGCGAUCCUGAGACUGCGGGUGACGUGACCGACCAAACCUACCUGAGCGAUACUUCUGACGUCUCAAAUCAUAAAGGAGUAUGCAGCGGGUCAGGUAUUGGUGGUGACAUCACUGUCCAGCCAGGCUCGGUCAGUGAACUGGAUGGUGCCGAUGGCAUUGCUGAGCCAGCCUGCAUGACUGGAAGAUCGGAAAACAAGAAUGGCAUUAGUGAUGAAUUGUUUGGGAGCCGCAAACCUGAGAACACGGAUGGGUGUGCUGGCGUAGUUUAUAGAGGCAGUGAAUCCGAGCAGGUAGUUCCUUCCCGAGUGGGAAACGCCUGUGGGCUGGUGGAUGGCAUUGCUACGCAGGAAGACAGUAGCCUGGACAACUCAAAAGGGUGUAGAUUGACUACACCUGCAGCCUCUUUUUUUGUGGCUCAGAGCUUGGAAUGGGGGGCAGAUCCCCCAGAUGGACCCUGCACUUCCAGGAAUACCGAGGAAAUGGCAUCCAGUUUAUUAGGGUCAGCAGGGAAUUUAACAGAAGACUCGUCAGACUGUAGCUCUUCGGUACAUGGAAGCAAGAUCAGGGACUCUGUCUCUUUGGACUCUGCGCAUGGCUUGCUAAAUGGGGCAGGAGAGGAGCAGGCCUUGGAUGGUGUGGAUGGGAUCACGAGGUCAUUACAUCAGCUGAGGACAGGUGGGGAGUUCCAGAUAAGGAAGGAAGGUGACUCAGUGGAGACGGAACGUGUUAUGUCCUGUUCUGAUCAAGGUACGGCAUCCCCAGAACUACCCAUGGAAUUAGAAGUGACUCGUUCGUCGCACAGUGACGGGAGCACUGUCACCGAGGAGAGCAGCUGGGAUGCUUUGUUCAACGAUGACGGGGAUUGCCUGGAUCCACGACUUCUGGAAGAGUUAUCGGGGAGUGUGAAGAGCAGGAAGAGCAUCCAGGAUCCUCGAUUUGACUAUUACAACUACGAAGCUCCCGAACUUGACCUCAGUGAUUGCGAACUGCCUCAUGUCAUCGAAAUCUAUGACUUCCCUCAGGAAUUCCGCACCGAGGACCUGCUGCGUGUCUUCUGCAGCUACCAAAAGAAAGGAUUUGACAUCAAAUGGGUGGAUGACACGCAUGCCCUAGGAGUGUUCUCCAGCCCCAUUGCAGCUCGAGAUGCCCUGGGCAGCAAACAUACCAUGGUGAAGAUCCGGCCCUUGUCUCAGGCAACGAGAGCAGCCAAGGCCAAAGCCAGAGCCUGUGCUGAAUUUCUCCAGCCAGCAAAGGAGCGUCCCGAGACAUCCGCCGCUCUGGCCCGCAGGCUGGUGGUCAACGCCCUCGGGGUCCGAAGUAAGCAGACCAAAGCGGAGCGAGAUGCGGAGCGCAAGAAGCUCCAGGAAGCCCGAGAGAGAAAGCGACUGGAGGCCAAGCAACGGGAGGCCAUGUGGGAAGGCCGGGACCCGGCCGCCGACUGAGACUCACCCGGAGGAAGGGGCAGUUCCCUGAACUCGCACAACCCCAUCCUGAGAGUCUUCAAGCAAGAGGGCCCAUCCUGAGCUUUGUGCGCUUGGAGCGUGUGCAGGUGAAUGUUUACCAGUCUGGGUUCAGAGAGCCAGGCGGACUUCCACAAUAGUCCCUCGGCUUCUCAGACCCAGUUGGUGCAUUUUGGCAGCUUGGAAUUAAUCGGGCUUCGGGAGCCGAGAGGAAGCCUGGGAAGCUUAUCCCUCUCUAAAGACCCCUGGGGUCAGAGAGGGCCCGGGCUUGAGCAGGGACCCUGGCUGGUUAAGUAAGCACCAUCACUCUCAGCCGGAAGCAUCGGGAAUUUGCAGAUCCACAGACCUCCAGAGGACCUGGAGAGAAGGAGAGGGGUUUGCGACCCACAGUUCCGAGCCAGUCCCCGGCACCUCCCCACAGCAAGGAUGGGAUCGCUGGAAAAGCCGACGGAUGGAGCCAGAGCCAUGGUGCCAACGAGCUGCCCAGGCCACCCGGCCCAACAGUUGAGCCGUGCCCAACACCAAGUGCCGCGCUUUCUGGCUUGCCGGCCGGUCCGAGGGACAAAAUCUAUCUCGAGUGGCCGCUGAUCUGGGAGCCCGCGGCGCCUCUGGCCCGAUACAGCCGGGGGGCCGUUCCGGCAUUGAUGAGGACGGCUUCCCGGGAUCCGGAUGUCAACACUGACGUAACGGGAGAGAGCAACAUUAAAGCCUGCUUUCUAGCACGUGUAGCUCUGGGACCCGUUGGCUUCAUUUCUGUCGUCAUCCACGGCAGCGACCUACUUCUGGACUUCGUCACAACAGCCUGGUGCUCUCACGUCUCCCCGCUUUGACCUGAGCUAUCACCCUCCCAGAGGCCCCCGAGCAUGGCCUCUGCUACUGUGGGGUAUUGGUACCAUGGCCCACCUGUGACAUCAGUGACUUACUUGCCACCCCUUGCCCUCCCCUCCCCACCCAUCACCCUCUCAUCUGUCAGCCCUCAGGAAAUGUCUGGCACGCAGGAUGUUCUUGGUGUAAUCAUCUCAGCCUGUGCCAGCAGCGCUUGGCAGGCCACUGCCGACAAUCCAUUAAGACCAAGAGCAGCCAGGGUAAAAUAAACAGCUCUGGGCAGUGCAAGGAGAUUUCCUAAAGGACAGAGAACAAAUCAAAGACUUCAACCGAGACCCUACCAAUCUCAAAAUUGCCUUCUCAGUGCUUUUGGAGCGUCCCGCCAAAUGGAGAGAAGUCGUGGUGCCAGGGCAUUAGGGUGCUGAGGUGGCAAGAACGGGUUGUCUCGGGCUCUCGGCCAGGCCAAGCGUCUCACUUCCUUGCGACUCGGAGCUCGUGAUCAGAGAGAUUAAUAACCCUCCUUAGGAAAGGCCAGUGAAGGCAGGCCUCAGCGUUACCCGCAAGGUGGUACCCACUUGCCUGAACCCUGUUUCCUGGCCGCCAAGUCUCAGGACCCCCUGUGUAUAUCUGCCGGUUAGCCUCGGUGCCCCAUCUUGGCUAACCACCUCCAUAGCCGAACGACGGGUCGACCAGCGUCACCCGCUCCUGCCCUCGUCCCUCGCUGUCACCGCAGCCGUGGUUGGGAUCCCGGCUGGACACGUGAUCGGUCAGGACCCUGUGCCCACUGCGGCCGAGAAAAACAGCAUGGCAUUGAGGAUAGAGCAUGGG